AUGCCAUCGAUUCCAUUAUUUCAAUGCCAGAUAAAUACUGAUGAUAUGGCUUUCAUAGGCAAAAUUCUUCAGCAGCAACAUUUCAUUCAACAAUCCGCAUCAUCUAAAUUUUUCAGAACCAAUGUAGAUUACAACAUUGAAGUUGAUUUAUCUCAAUCAUUCGAGCAUCCAUUGAUUGUAUGCUGUUGUUCAAAAAUCCAGGCCUCGUUACCAAAAUUAGUAUCUUUCUUAAAAUUAAAUUCUUCGUCAACAGUAAAUCUUAUUAUUUUAAAUCAAUCGUCUAAUGCCGUUGAUUGGAAUUCUGUAAUUAAUCUUAUAGCAGUAUACAAUUUAUCACUGAAUGUUGUUAAUGAUGAAGAUAGUUUACUUAAAAAACUUUAUGAAAUAAUAAGCAAUUCAGCAAAAGCAAAUAUCGAAAAACAAUCGAUUUUAAAGUAUAAAAAAUUUGAUGCUCUAGCUUCAGAUACUCAGAAUCCAGCUAAUGUUUUCUAUUGUGGAUCAAAACUUACGCGUGAUAAACGUGCGGCAGCAUUAGGACAACGCGGUACAUUUCGAGGUUCAACAGUUUGGUUAACUGGACUUUCAGGAGCUGGAAAGUCGACUAUAGGUUUUGCAUUAGAAGAAUAUAUAGUGAGCAAAGGUUUACCGGCCUAUUGUCUUGACGGUGAUAAUAUUCGAUGUGGUCUUAAUAAAAAUCUUGGGUUUUCUGAUACUGAUCGUGCUGAAAAUAUUCGACGAAUAGCUGAAGUUGCAAAACUAUUUGCUGAUGCUGGUCUUAUGUGUAUUGUUGCUUUUAUUAGUCCAUAUAAAGAAGAUCGAGAAUGCGCAAGAAAAUUACAUGAAAAUGCUCAAAUUCCAUUUAUUGAAGUUUUUGUCAAUACACCUCUGUCUGUAUGCGAACAACGUGAUACUAAGGGUCUAUAUGAAAAAGCCCGACAAGGAUUGAUUACAAAUUUUACGGGUAUUGAUGCACCAUAUCAAGAGCCGUUAAACCCCGAUAUUGUCAUUGAUACAAGUGUGAUAUCUAUCGAGCGUGCUCUUGAGUUGAUCAUAGAACAAUUAGCUCAACGUAAAGUUUUAUCACCAUCAUUAAUUCUUUCCGUCCGCGAACUUUUCAUGGAUGAAGAUACGCGCAAAGAUGCGUUAGAAGAAUUUCCAAAUUUCCAAAAACUUGAUAUUACUGAACUAGAUUUGCAAUGGGUUCAAGUAUUAAGUGAAGGUUGGGCAACUCCACUUGCUGGUUUUAUGCGUGAAACAGAAUAUUUACAAUGUUUACAUUUUGGUUGUCUGAUGAAAGGAAAUGUUGAAAAUCAAACCAUUCCCAUUGUUUUACCAUGUACAACAGCUGAUAAAGAACGUUUACACUCAUGUUCAAUAAUUGCUCUGUGUUAUAGAGAAAAAUUAGUUGCACUCUUGAAACAUCCUGAAUUCUAUGAACAUAGAAAACAAGAAAGAUGCGCACGAAUUUUUGGCAUAACAGAUUCUGCACAUCCUCAUAUUAAAAUGAUUCUUGAAAGUGGUGAUUGGCUCAUUGGUGGAGAUCUCGAAGUAGUCGAGAGAAUUCAAUGGAAUGAUGGUCUUGAUGAAUUUCGUUUAACACCAAAUGAGUUACGACAUCGUUUUCGUAGUAUGAAAGCUGAUGCUGUAUUUGCUUUUCAACUUCGAAAUCCAAUUCAUAAUGGGCAUUCACUUCUUAUGCAAAAAACCCGACAAUAUUUAAUCGAAAAAGGCUUUCACAAUCCUGUUCUAUUGCUGCAUCCGUUAGGUGGUUGGACGAAAGAAGAUGAUGUUCCAUUAAAUGUACGCAUGGCUCAACACCAAGCUUUUUUAAAUGAAGAUUUAGAUGAUCGACUUGAUCGUUCUCGAACUGUUCUGGCUAUAUUUCCAUCACCAAUGAGUUAUGCAGGUCCAACUGAAGUACAGUGGCAUGCUAAAGCUCGUAUGUGUACGGGAACGACAUUUUAUAUUGUUGGUCGAGAUCCAGCUGGUUUACCCAAUCCAUCAGAUAAAUCGAAAGAUCUUUAUGAGCCAACACAUGGCUCAAAAGUAUUAACUAUGGCGCCGGGUCUUAAUCAAUUACAAAUAUUACCAUUUAAAGUAGCUGCCUAUAAUCGAAGUUCGAAAACUAUGGCUUUUUAUGAUCCAACUAAACAUGAUGAAUUUGAUUUUAUAUCUGGUACACGAAUGAGAAAGAUUGCCCGAAGUGGUGAACAACCUCCCGAUGGAUUUAUGGUACCAGCAGGAUGGAGAGUUUUAGCUGAUUAUUAUCAAUCAUUAGCAAAAGAAUCUGGAGAUGUUGUGAAAAACUAA